GGAUGACAUGGAAUAAGCCACACCAAGAGGAGGGGUGCCGAGGCGGGCGACAGUGCCAUGUGGGCAGACCAGAGUCCCCAACUUCCACAGUAAAAGUUGUAGUCGGUGCGGGUUGUAGGCGAACGCGGCUUCUGUUUUGAUGCUUUUGCAAGUCCAAAGUCCCGGAAUUGCGCAUUUUUAGACGCGCGUUCACCAACUCAUCAGCACUGUCAAGACCAGACUGUCGCCAUAGCACUUUAUACUGACUUUUGAACAACUUUGGGAAGACAUGUCUGCUUCGAGAAUGCGUUUGCUCUCACCCCGAAAUCUGCGCCUUGUACGCCGGGGACCACGCGACUAUCUGGGGGCUUGUAGCGGUAGUCAGCCCGGUGGUCCCAUCUGCUCCCCGUCAUUGACAUCUCCCCAUUCUGUGUCCUCCACUAUGUGCAGAUCUUUGUCUAGUCUGACCACAUCUCGUCGCGGCCUCCCCAAAGAGAAAAUGUCCGAGAAUGGGAUAUCCCGGCCCAAGGUGCUCACCCUGGACACCAUGAACCCCACGGUGAAGAUGGUGGAGUACGCGGUGAGGGGACCCAUCGUGCAGCGCGCCGUGGAGCUGGAGAAGGAGCUGUCUGAGGGUAUCGAGAAGCCGUUUGCUGAGGUCAUCAAGGCCAACAUUGGUGACGCACAUGCUAUGGGCCAGCAGCCAAUCACCUUCUUCAGACAGGUUCUGGCUCUUUGCUCUUACCCUGAACUCCUCAACGACAACACAUUCCCUGACGAUGCUAAGAACCGAGCCCGGCGCAUCCUGCAGUCGUGUGGAGGCUCCAGUUUGGGUGCGUACAGUCCCAGUCAGGGCAUAGAGUCGGUGCGACAGGACGUGGCCAACUACAUCGAGCGACGAGACGGAGGCGUGCCCUGUGACCCCGAGAACAUUUACCUCACCACAGGAGCCAGCGACGGCAUCGUGACCAUGCUGAAGCUGCUGGUGUGUGGCCAGGGUAUAGACCGCACUGGGGUGAUGAUAUCCAUACCCCAGUACCCACUGUAUUCGGCUGCCCUGGCAGAGCUGGGUGCCGUGCAGAUCAACUAUUACCUGAACGAGGAAAACUGCUGGAGUAUGGACAUCAAUGAGCUGCAGAGGGCUGUGAACGAAGCACGACAGCACUGUCACCCACGCGCCCUUUGCAUCAUCAACCCAGGAAACCCCACUGGUCAAGUUCAGAGCAGACAGUGUAUCGAAGAUGUCAUUCGAUUUGCUGCAAAGGAGCGUCUCUUCCUGAUGGCAGAUGAGGUGUAUCAGGAUAACGUGUACGCAGAGGGCUGUCAGUUUCACUCAUUUAAGAAGGUUUUGUUUGAGAUGGGACCGGAGUAUUCUGAAACUGUUGAACUGGCCUCGUUCCACUCCACCUCCAAGUGUUAUAUGGGAGAGUGUGGUUUCCGUGGCGGCUACAUGGAGGUGAUAAACAUGGACGAUGACGUGAAGUUCCAGCUGACCAAACUGGUGUCUGUGCGCCUCUGUGCUCCAGUCCCAGGACAAGCCCUCAUGGACCUCGUGGUCAACCCCCCUCAGCCUGGAGAGCCCUCCUACAACAGCUUUAUCAAGGAACGCACAGCUACAUUAAAUGCCUUAGCGGACAAGGCCAAGCUCACUGAAAAGAUUCUAAACACUGUACCUGGAAUCAGAUGUAAUCCAGUUCAAGGAGCCAUGUACUCAUUCCCGCGCAUCACCAUCCCUCAGAAGGCCAUUCAAGAGGCCCUGGAGAAAGGCCAGCAGCCGGACAUGUUUUAUUGUAUGAAGAUGUUGGAGGAGACCGGCAUCUGCCUCGUACCAGGAAGUGGCUUUGGACAGAAGGAGGGCACGUACCACUUCAGAAUGACCAUCCUGCCGCCAAUAGACAAGCUCACGAUUCUGCUCAACAAAGUGAAGGAGUUCCACCAGAAAUUCACACAGCAGUACUCCUAAGACCCAAAUCCUCUCCUUCUCUUCCUCUUCCUCUUCUUCUUCAUUAAAACCACCACCACAGGACCAGCCAGACCUCUCCUCAGCCACGUGUCACUAAACUCAAAGUGCCUUCCUCUGGCCCUGGUGUCGACACACAGCAGCCUGUGCAGUUUAACCUAUGGAACAUUCAAAGACAUUUAUACAAUUUACAUGGAGACAAUAUUGUCCUGGACACAAAAACUGAGAAAGUAUUGGAAAAAAAGACUAAACUGACUGGAUUUCUCCUGUUUGCUGUCCUGAUGAUCUGAAAGAUGCAUGUGCUGUGCUAAGUGUAAGUAUAAAAGAUAUGUGUCCAAGUAAAUGUGAAAUUUUAAAAGCUAAGAAGAGAUACUGAAAUGAAGCUUGCUCAUUAAAGGUGGACUAUGUAAUAUUUCUGGUGGAUGGUCUGCCACCUGUUUGUCUCCAUGGAAUCAAAUCUGAAGACUUGAGACACAAUGGACCUUGCACCACAAAAGUUACAUAGUGCACCUUGAAGUACUCCAAGACAUUUUGAGGGCUGAUGAAUCUUCUAGCUCUUAUUUCAUUUGAUAUUAACUUGCACUUGUGAAAGACUAGACCUCAACUGAAUUUUUGGACUUGAACUUGGACAUUUUGUAUCUUAAAUCUCUUCUCAGUGUUGUAGUUCACUGAUGAUGGUUAAUCUAUUAGAAGUUGGAUGUUGAGUUAAUUUAAACUCAAUGUGGGGAUUGAAAAUUGAAUGUUGUAUUGUGGUAUAGAUUCAGAUUCAGUGAGUUUUCCCCACCCACUUCUUGUAUUGGUCAGUCUUUGUCAUGCUCUGAAUGAGUGACAGGCGGAUUAACCAAUCACAGCAAAUGGUUAGUUACCACUUCAAGGCAGUAUGAAGUUUCUAUAUUGUGAUUUAGACAAUUUCCUUUAGUCAGGUGGCCAGCCAAACCAACAUAUGAGACUAUGUUGGAGAUUUUAUGCCAAUAAGCUAAAAAGUCAAAAUAUCAGCCAUAUCUCUCUUGUCUACUCCUCAAAACGGUCUUGUACUUAACUACACAACAACUCAUCACAUAUUUGGUCCUAAACUCCAGAAAACUGUACCUGGAUUUCACUUGAAUGCUCAGACCUGGGACCUCAUUCACAUGAAUAUGCAUCCUUGUAAGACUACAUGACAUAAAUUAGCCUAUUGAUUGACUUGCUGAAGACCUGAUUUUAUAUUUAGUUUUGAUUUGCACUUGGACUGCCAAAAAAUGAUUAAACUCAGACUAUGUAAGAAACUGUUAUCAGAAAACUGGUGACUUGUAAAGUAUUAAGCUCAAAAGAUGCAUUGAUUUGCAUGGUUGAAAAUGAUUUUGUAGAAAAGAAAAUGUAACACAGUUCUUUAUUUUAAAGUUAUAGAAAUUGGAGACAUUUGUUUUGAUCUUUUGGGCUUUUCUCCUUUUGUAAAUGUAUGCUUUGCCUUACAGACAGGCCAGAAAAUUUCUUUGUAUGAAAUUAUUUUAAUAUUUUAAUCUGGGGAAAUGAAGGAUGUAAAACUGUUUUUUUAUGGUUAUAACAAAAUACCCAGUGCCAAAACAAAGUAGAAACAUGCAAUUACUAAUCAUCACAUGUCUGUAUUCUUUAUGAAGAAUAGAUUUCAAUUGUUUUGCGAUUUUAGUUAUUUUUACUGCCAAUAGUCAUGCUCAGGUUAAGUCAUUCUCACGUCCAACCACAUUUCAAGUUUUGUUGUAUGACUUUGUGUAGUUACUAUACAUUGUAUUCACUUUUUGCUAAUGAUCAUUUCAGUUGCCAUUAACAAUUUUCUGUAAUAAACACUAUAACUGGCUA